AUGUCUCCUCGCUGGACACGGCCCUCGAGCUCCUGAAAGAUGCUUUCAACUCCAUCAGCCACUGCCCUCCUGGUGCGCUCUACAGCCAGCUCUGCCAGCUCCUGGCUCUGGCCAUGGGGAACCAGGACCCCCUCUCCACCGCGUACCUGCUCUCCGAGUCAGUCUCCGUCACCGCUCGCCAUCAGCUGCUCAGCGUCAUCCACAGGAAGAUUUACAAAGAGAAGAAGUCAGCGGGGGACGUGGCUGAGCAGCUCCGCGGGCUCUCCUUGCAGGAGGGGAGUGCUGCCCAGCGCAGCCACCACCUCGCCGAGCUCGAGAGACUCUUCAUGUUCAGCCCCACAGGGCUGGGGUCUGAGGUGCGGGACGGCUUCUGGGCGCAGCUGCAGCAGAUCCCCAGCGGGGUGACUGUGUGCACGUUGACCCUCGCCAGCACCCAGCCUGGCUCUGCAGGGGACACGCUGCUGCUGACGCGGCUGGAGAAGGGCAGCGCUCCCGUGACCAUCCGCAUCCCCACCGUGCUCAACAAGGCCCCGCUGCACUCAGUGCUGAGCGACUUUGACGCCAUCCAGAAGGAGCAGAAGGAAGUCAACGGCUGCACGGACAAGCAAGACUGGUGGCGACGCCGCUCCGAGCUGGACUGCAGGAUGAAGAGCCUCAUCGAGACGCUGGAAAUGCAGGUGCUGGGCUGCUGGAGGGGUGCCCUGAUCCCCACUGGCCCCGAGCCCGGUCUGGUGGAGGAAGCUGCUCGCUUGCACCCCGAGCUCUGCCGGUGCGGCUGGAGGGACUCGGAUCCCACCCUGCUCAAGGUGGUGCUGAAUGCCGCUCCUCUCCUCACGCCCCAUGAUGUGCAAGCCCUGGCCUUCGGCCUCUGCCCAGGGCAGCCCCGCAGGGCUCAGCCGCUCUUGCAGGAGGCGGUGGAGAAGCGGAGAGCCUGCGCCACGCAGACUGCCGGCUCCCUCGUCCUGGUGCUGGAUAAGCACCUGCAGAAGCUGCCCUGGGAGAGCAUGGCGUGCCUGAAGGACGUGCCUGUAAACAGCUUCCUGCUCAGCUAUUCCCUGGCACAGAAGCAGCGGGCAGGGUCUGUGCUGAGCCGUGGCGUGAACCCCAGCAGCACCUUCUACGUCCUCAACCCCCACAGCAACCUCCUGGGCACCGAGGAGCGAUUUCGGGGCUGGUUCGAGAG